AAUUUUGCUCCGGUAGCCAGCGGUAUUCAUGUAUCUACUGCAUUCUAAUUUCUCAAUCUCCCGACCUCUCCCUCUACCUCGCCGCUCGCCUCCGUCGCCGUCGCGCCGCCCCCCACGCCACUCUGCUCGACCGCGCGCCCUCUGCUGCCCUCCAGCUCCGUCGCGACCCCUCUUCUCGCGCGCGCGCCGCUCCUGCUCCCCUCUGCUCCACGCGCGCCCUCCUGCUCCGCCGCGCUCCCCCACGCCCCCUCUGCCGCUGCGCCGCAUCCCUCCGCUUCGCCGCACCGCUCCGCUCCCCUGCGUCCCUUCUCCGGCGGGAUUGGAGAGGCACCGCGGGGGUCCGUGACCCGCACGGCGGCGCUGCAGGGAGCGGAGGACAACGACAAGAUGUCGAGCGUGAGGUGGAGCGGUGGAGAGGAGGAGAUGAAGAUGGUCCGCUUUCCAAUUUUUUGAGGAACCCUCUUAAUUUGAAGAGAGCUCUUGGGGGUUCCUUUCCCUCAGGAGAGGCUGGACUAGGAGAGGGAUAUACAAUGACAGGUGGAUCAGGUGUGGUAGUGAUAGACAAUGGUGGUGGCCUUCUCAAGGCUGGCUUUGGCGGGGACAAGGAUCCAAUUGCUAUUGUCCCCAACUGCAUGGCCAAACCCCCUGGUGGCAACACCAAGAAAUGGCUUGUGGCUGACCAGCUACAGGCAGACGAUGUUGACGUGACUGGCAUGACUUUGAAGCGUCCCAUUGAUCGUGGUUACCUUAUCAAUACUGAGGUGCAGAGGGAGGUUUGGGAGCGGGUUGUACGCAACCUGCUGCAGGUGGAUCCUAGCAACUCAUCCUUGUUACUGGUGGAGCCCAUGUUCAACCCUCCGGCUCUGCAGCAUGCAGCUGAUGAGCUGGUGUUUGAGGAAUUUGGUUUCAACUCUCUCUGCGUUGCAGAUGCUCCUUCCCUUGUCCACCUUUAUGAGGCUAGCCACCAACCAAUGCACUUUCGUGCCCAAUGCAGCCUUGUUGUUGACUGCGGUUUCUCUUUCACCCAUGCAUCCCCUGUGCUUCAGAACUUUACUCUGAAUUAUGGUGUGCGACGUAUGGACCUUGGCGGCAAGGCCCUUACAAACUAUCUCAAAGAGCUUGUCUCAUACCGUUCCCUUAAUGUCAUGGAUGAAACACUCCUCAUUGAUGAUGCAAAGGAAAAGCUAUGCUUUGUCUCCCUUGACAUCCCUAGUGAUCUUCGCCUUGCCAGGUUAUCAUUCAAGGACAACCCUUUUAGAUGUUCUUACAUUCUCCCUGAUGGUAUAACAUACAAGAAAGGGUUUGUCAAGGAUAUGGAUGAAGCACUUAGAUACUGCUCUCUAUCUCUUGAUCAAGAAUCAGAUAGAAAAGACCAUAGCGUGGAGACAAAUAAGUUCGAGGAUCGGAAAAAGCCAGAAUUAAGUCAAAAUGAAUUUGUCUUGACAAAUGAAAGGUUCCUUGUGCCGGAGAUGCUUUUUCAUCCAAUCGAUCUUGGUAUAAAUCAAGCUGGGCUUGCUGAGUGCAUAGUUCGUGCUGUACAAGCCUGCCACCCAUAUCUUCAACCUGUGCUUUUUGAGAGCAUCAUCCUGACAGGUGGAAGCACAUUGUUCCCCAGAUUCACUGAAAGACUGGAGAUGGAGCUUCGGCCUCUUGUCCCUGAUGACUACCAGGUGAAGAUAAUUCGUCAAGAGAACCCUAUCCUUGGAGCUUGGAGAGGUGGAUCCAUUUUGGCGUCCAGCCCUGAUUUUGAAUCGAUGUGUGUCACGAAAUCCGAGUACGAGGAGAUGGGGUCGGCACGGUGUCGGCGUAGGUUUUUCCAUUGAAGGGUAGGCCAGAAGAUUAGAAGGAGGUGGGUGUUUUUGUUUUGUUUUGUUUUGUAGAUAUGACAAGCAGUAUCGCUUAGAUCAGGGUAUCUGACAAUUCAGUCUUGCACAACAGCAGUACUAGUUGGAGUUCUUUCUGGUUCAGCUUUGCGCUUGAAAAU